GUAUGGACUUCCUUCGUAGCUUUGCGCUAUUGCAGGUGGACGACAAUCUGUCUCUUUCGUCACUCUUCAUCCACCUUGCAAGCUUUCGCAAAAAUGAGUUCCAAGGAGUUGUGCGCAUCGCGAUGUGCUCCAGGUGAUGGCGUUACCUGAUGCAGUCGUGCUGUUCCGGCGAAUAAGUUCAGAGCUGAAGAAAUGGCGGUCAACCACUGUGUUCUUUUUCUACCCAAUUUCUCCCACGAAAUGCCAGUAAAACAUAGGAAAGGUGGCAUUAUCCAAUAGACACGAAAAGUAAUUUAUGUGCAAUACAAGCUCUAUUGCUUUCUUCGUGUGUCCUAUGAUUCCCGUUUUCGGGCCUGCUGGGCGGUGUUCGUGUACUAAACCUCCUAAAACCAAAGAAAAGGCAAAAAUAAUCGGAGGGCUGGUUGACACUAAGGUUGUGCGUACGUAAGCUUGAAUUGAAUUGAGUUAUGGGGUUUUACGUGCCGAAACCACUUUCUGAUUAUGAGACACGUCAUAGUUUACCUAAGUACACGGGUGUUUUCGCAUUUCGCCCCCAUCGAAAUGCGGCCGCCAUGGCCGAGAUUUGAUCCCGCGACCUCGUGCUUAGCCGUCCAACACCAUAGCCACUGAGAAACCACAGCGGCUCGUACGUACGUUUUGUAAUCAUGCAGAAACGCCUAAGUUUACGGACGAAAGAACUGCUACUGUUUAUCUAAAUUACUUGAACGUGGUAUCACGUGAGCAGGUUGUGGGUUCGGCUCCCACUGGCGACGAGUUCAUCUUUGUUUCCACGUUCUUACGCUGUAUAUUGGCGAUGUCUACGUUCUUUAUAUAAAAAGAAAAGUUAACAUCGCCUAUAUUUUUCUUUGUUUCAUUGUCUGUUCUUUUUAGCUACAUUGUCUGUUGCAUUCACGUGAUUGUUACGAACACAUCCAAAAUUGUAUUGCCGUAAGUCUGUCGAGCCUUCGAACCGAAUUCAAGGCGUGAACAUAUGGAGCUAUAGUUUGAACAGCCGAUUAUGUAUGCUAUGUUGGUCAGACCACUUCAGGAGUCGUAAAUGUCACAACCAACCUUGCAUUUAGUAGAAUUCUUGUUCUAGUUCCACCUAACAAUCCACAAAAGCAAGGCGAGAGCUCCAAUAUUUGUCUAUUGUUUUUUUGUGGUGCAUGUCUCUAGGUGCAAUAAACAAGACACGUUUCCUUUGCAAAGUUUAUUUGUCAAAAACUGGUCGCCACUUCACUCGCAGUGUGCUGAACAAAAAUACCAAGCAUAGCCUGAAGGUGACGUUACGGGAUCGCGGUUCUUGUGGGACUUGUGGGGAGUGUAAAACAAGUUUAAAUUUUUUCACUCAAGGCGGAGUGGCGCUAAUCACCCUUUUUCGCUUCAGUGCAAAAAGCCAAGAUUCGUAAGUUUUACCAAAUUCCGUCAAAUAAUUUGUGUACCUAAAGUUUCCUUCUUGCCCUUGAUAAAUACAUUACAUCUCUAUUCUUCGGCGAUCUUCCAGCUUACCCUUUCCCACUCCUGUUGAGCAUGAUUCUUGCACAAAGCUGCACACUAAGAAUAUUUCUUUCACUUUUGACGGUGAAACAAAACUGAAGAAUGGCAAGUCCUUCAAAGGAAGGCGCAUUUUCCCUCUACUUAUUUGUGCGAAAGCAUCAAAUGGCGCGUUGAUCGAAAACUUCGGCGCCUGUGGCAGCGAAGCGACGGCGAAACUCCCACCGGCCGCGACGCCACGUACGUGCGCGCCUCGACGAAACAGAGUGGGCGAAAGAGUACACCAGCCGCAUCGCUUGCACGCCAGGUGUUGCAUGAGGGCAGCACCGCCACGCCACGUCACCGCCCCCCCCUCCCCCAUCUCAGAAUCCUGUGUUAUCCGCACAUUCAUUGUCCGCCCAAGUCCUCGCCUGUGUUCUCAUUUUGCCUCGGUAAUUGCUAUAAAGAAAUUAUUGGACACAAAAGCUGAACGAUUCUGAAAGGAAUCUACGACCCCAUGCCCAGAAGCCGAGUGGUUUACCCACUGGGCUAAACCGGCACCUCCGAGAUGGCAAGCCUGUGAACUCGGCUUUAUGGCAUCGUGCUACAUGGAGCGACAUUUGUGCUACCAAGCCCGGCGCGGCGGAAGCGGUGACGUCAAAAUCACUGCUGCUUACUCAGGAGCGUCCCAAUUAGAUUAUAUGCCAGUAGGGCGAGGUAUCAUGACGUCACGCAUCCAAGUGCACCGGCCAUGUGCUAAGAGGCGUUGGCUGGGCACCGAAAUGCGCUCGCUUGCCCGCUAGUAGUUCACAACUCGAAGGCCUGCUCAGCAGCGUUCGACUGGUCAUUGGUGCUUUCGCCUUCACAACUCAUCAAAAAUGCUAACGUGUUCUCACAUUUUUCUUGCUUUAAUCAGGUGUAAAUAAUGGAAGAAAGAGUCUUCUCCCUACGAGGCGGACAUCGCUUCUUUAGUCGAAGGAUUUCAUUAACUUGCUCAAGGCGACGGAUGGUGAAUGAUAACACUGAAGUGAACACCAACUUCUUACCGCUGAUCCAGCUCAACUAUGUUCUUCAUCUUCACAGCUGAAGGGAUCAAGAAUCCCAAGGGUUUGCUUGCAAUGGAUGCACCCAAGCCUGGAAAGCCAGACAGAAAUGAGUUGGAAGACAUCGAAAAAAUGAUCGAGGAAAGGGCGGAGGUGAAGACUGCUGCUACAGUAUACUUCAGUACCGAAUCUAUGGACAAGCCCGGACCAAAGCAGAAAGAGCUUAAUAAAAUAGCACCGUUCCCUAGUGCCCCAUCUCCUUCAUCACGAGGACAAAUGUCACCAAUGUCGGGGAACUCACCAAUGUCAAGGGCAUCACCUACGCCAGUUGCCUCACCGAAGAAAUCGGAAAUGUCACCGGGAAGACAAGCGACACCUAUUUCAGUGCGUACUCCUCGACCGUAUCGCCAGAAGCUAUUCAUCGCUGCAGUCGUACUGCUCGUCAUUGUUGGAGCCGCUGUCGUAUCCCUCACCGUGUGGACCAGCAUCGGGCCUUCUUACAAAGUCAACUACGCUUGCAAGACUCCUAUAUGUGAAAAGGUGAUGAAGCAGCUUUCGGAGUUCGCCAAUUCCACGGUGAAACCGUGCGACGACUUUUACUCCCACGUGUGCGGUCACUGGUUGCGAAUGGCCGAGGGGAGCACGUUCAUGAGGGACGCCAAGAAGCAGUUCACACACAGACGCCACGCGCUGCUCACCUCCCCGUUCAACUCGAGUGAACCCAACAGCGAGGUGCUUGAGACGGCGCAAGCGUUCUACACGUCUUGCCUGGCCAUGUUCGGCGAGGCGGUGGAGCUCAAGACGGCACUCAACGAGCUUUACUCGGCGUUAAAUGUGUCCGUAAAGAAAUGGCUAGCCGAAACCCGGUGGCAGAGGUUCUUCUCCGACUGCUUCGACCUGUCGCUCAAGAAUCACUUUCACAGCCUCUUCAAGGUCAACCGCUACUCUGCGGCCGAGGGUCCCUACUUCUCUGUGCUCCUCGGUCGCAGCUUCUACCAGCAGAUGCAGCACAGUGAACCGGUCAUCCGGACGAAAGAGUACAUGCGACGAGUGCUGGAGAAAAUCGGAGAGGCGGCGCCCUCCCACAAAGUGAUUGAAGAGGUUAUCACACUGGACAGCGCCUGGCAAACGCGGGGCGCCAUGAAAGGCGCGCCGACGUCACCGGCGCGCGUCGCCGACGUGUCGUGCGGACCAUUCACGGCCGACACGUGGGGAGCGAAGUUCGCAGAGCACGGUGCCUCCAACGACACUGCCGUACGCACAGCGAAAUUCAGCCUCACUUGCGCGUUCAUGGAGCACGUUCUCUUGAACUCGAGCUCGCAGGCCAGAGCCCUGUACUUGCUGACGCUUCUGGCGGCUCACGUGUUGACCUACGACUUCCAGCUCUCGAUAUCGAGGUCUACGCAGGCGCUGAUGAGCAUUUGCCAGCGCGGAGCGAGGCGUGUCUUCAGGGAGAUGUGGGUGCACGCGCUCUCCCAGAUGCUCUCCCUAAAGAGGCCCUACGUGCGAGACAUCAGGAACUACACCGACUUCGGCACGCGACUGCGGCGGGUCAUCUCCGAGCGUGACUGGAUGAGCGCCGAAGACCGCGAGGCGUGCUUAGAGCGAGUGGAGGGGUUCCAGGUGACCGUCUUUCCGGACAGCGCGAUGAGCGUCCAGCAGUUGGAGUGCAGUCCCUUCGGGCAGGGCGACAGGAGCAUCAGCCGCUUCAGCCUGAGCAGCACGUUCAUCAAGAACUUCGUGCACGUCCUCAAGGUCCAGUUGAGCCCGUCCUGUCUUCACAGUCCUCACACGUCAACGCCAGGUAGAACUCUAGAUGCUUUCCUUGGCACCGACAUCAUGCUCGACUUGGCAAAGAAGACGGUCAUCGUCCCGCAGUUUCUGGGCGUGGAGCCACUGUUUUACGUGGGAGAUGUGGAUAGAUUCAUCAACAUCGCCACUGUGACUACGCUGGUGGCCAGCCUGGGAGCGACCAUAGCCAAGCGCCCACUCAAAGUCUCGGACGUCAGUGGUGUGAGCGAGUCCACCGAGGGGCAGUGGAGCGAUGAGACGUCCGGAAAAUACGAUGACAUCUCACGUUGCCUCGCAGCAAAGUAUAAACUACCUGGCGACAAGUCAGGCAACGAGACCAAGUUGGACGACGUUUUUGCGAUCAUGGAUGGUAUAAGGGUCGCCAAAAUUACGAAGGACGAGUUUGAUGAGGAAGACGCUGAAACGAACGAGAGGCACUUAACUGCCACCGACGCGCUGUUCUUUAAGCGCGCUUGCUUGUCACUUUGUGCGUCCAACAAGGUAGAUGUGCAUGUCACAGAGCACAGCUUCUCCAAAGCCUCCGCGGCAUGCAACUACGGCGUCGGCAGGAUGCGAGAAUUCCACAGUGCGUUUGGAUGCAACGAGAAAGAUCGAAUGUGGACCAUAAUGCAGUGCUUUGACCGAUACACAGAAAAAGAAUAGGAUCCUCGUUAACUUAUGCAUGGUCAUAUUUUGCCAUCUUAAUCGUCGUUACUAAUUAGUGUACGUUUGAUUUCCUUUGUAUUGUAAGCGUCGGGAUUAUCUACUAAGCUAAACCUUGUUUUCUUUUUGGUAUUUCCUUUUGAUGCUUUGCAACAAAGUUACCCUCUACGUGCUAAAGUGCAAGAGCACGUUCUUGCUAAUGUGACGUCUUCCCUAUACAUUGUGUAAUUAUCAGAAGCUGAUAUGUGUGACGAAUUCAUAUCAAAGACGAUGUUGGUGAACACGACUGUAUUAUGUCGAACAUGACACCAAGUUACUUUAUUUCUUAGCUCUGUAAUGUGGCUCACUGAAACUGCUACGAUACGCGCAGCUUAUUAAAUAUGAGACAAAUAUUUUUGCUCGAAUUGACACACUUUUCAUGAAACGUGGACGUGACUUGAAGUCGGGUGUCAUUCUGUGCAUUGACAUAUUAUAGCCCUAAAGACUUCAUUGUUGCAAACGUCACAUGUUGAAAUUGUAGUGGACAGUGGUUUAAUGUAUUCCUUUGGGUAAAAUCGCAAGGAAAUACUCGUGAAGAAAGUCUGGUGCGUUGCCAGUAUCAGUGCUCUAGGGAGUGAACACCUUGAUUAGGCUACUACGGACUUUACAGUUUAAUUCUAAAUAAAAUGUGUGAAUUGCCAUUGCA